AUGGGUUUUAGCUUCUCUGCGGCCUCAUAUAUAGUAGCAUUAAUCGGCGAUGCAUUUCUCAUCUUCUUUUCAAUUUUUCACACAAUUAGUUUCGAUGAAUUAAAAACGGAUUACAAGAAUCCAAUAGACUCGUGUAAUAGCCUAAAUCCAUUAGUUCUGCCUGAAUAUGCUCUUCAUCUGCUUAUAAAUAUCAUCUUUCUCAUUGCUGGUGAAUGGUUCAGCCUUUGUUUGAAUUUGCCUUUAAUUGGCUAUCAUAUCUGGAGAUAUAAGAACCGACCUCAAGGAAUGAGCGGUCCAGGCCUUUAUGAUCCAACAAACAUAAUGAAUAGUGAUACACUAUCAAAAUGCAUGAAGGAAGGUUGGAUAAAGCUAGGAGUUUACUUAUUGUCGUUCUUUUAUUAUCUAUACGGUAUGAUCUCAUCGCUUAUCGCAACAUAA